AUGACGAGCUGGGACGGGACUCCGUCGAGAGAGACACUGGUGAUUAUGGGAUACACAGUUCCCACGGUGCUUUUGGUAGCAAGCACGGUGCUGCGACUGUUUGCUAAAAUGUCAAAAGAGGGUCUUCAUCUAGAUGACCACUUAAUCAUCCUGGCGAGUGCCCUAGAAGUAGCAUACUCGGUAACAAUGCUGGUUACCGGUGUGGGCCAUGGAUUCGGCCAUCACACCGCGACUGUCGACCUCAAGGACCUGGAGAUAUUCUUAAAGGGAGAGUAUAUUGCAAGUCAUCUUUACAACGUCUUCCUCGCCGCAACAAAGCUCGGGAUCCUUGUCUUAUACUACCGCAUCUUCCCCAUCCCCUGGUUCAGCAAAACCGUGAUCGGAUGUGCAAUCUUUGUCUUGAUAUGGAUAACCAUCAUCGAAGCAUUCAUGGGCGCACUAUGUCGCCCGCUAAACGCAUUUUGGGACCGCACCGUGAAAGGUGAAUGCUUCAACUCCACAGCUCUGACAUACUUCGUCAACUCCUCGAACAUGGUCACGGACCUCGUGCUCUUCGCCCUCCCCAUCCCCGUCAUUUUGGGAGUCCGGACAACACGAAAGAAGAAAAUUGCUCUUGUCGCGAUAUUUUCCAUUGGAUUCAUCACCUGCGGCAUAAGCGCCGCCCGGUUAGCCUAUGUCGUCGCGCAAGGCUCAGCCGACAUAACCUGGGAAGGAGUACCAUUGGGAAUCCUCUCGGCCUUCGAAUCGCUCGGCUGCAUCCUCUGCGCCAACCUACCUAUAAUCUACCGGUUAUUCAAAACUGCCGCACAAAAGAUUACCAGCAGCGUGUCGGGCCAGAAAAGCAAGACGUCGAAUCUGCAAUACGCGUACGAUUCCAGGGCAUACGGAUCGAAGUCUCAUGGACGACAGCAUCGACGCAGCACGGAUAGCGAAAGAUGGAUUCGGAUGCCAAAUGAGAGUGAUUCUGCUGAGAUGCAGACCAAUGUGCAUUGUACGAGUCCUGACGUGAAGGGGGAUGGGUUUGAGAUGGGACCCAUUCCUAAGGAUGGUAUUGCGGUACAGAGGGAAUUUCAUACGAGGAUUGAGGAGAGACUUUAAAAACGACGCAUAAAAUGCGACGAAGGACAGCCAAUCUGCCAGAGAUGCACCUCAGCAGGUCGUCCAUGUAGCUACACGGCCAUCCCAAAAUCGAAAUCAUCACCCGCGCUACGGGUGGUGGUCUACCGCGCACCGGAAUCUAGAUCGUCAUUCCUGACAUCCGACGAGGAAAGACAAUCAUUCGAUUUCUUCCUCCAUCAAACGAGGUACCGCUUUCCAGCCGACUUCUCAGAUCCGGUAUUACAAGCUGCACAUAGCGAGGAAGCCCUUGCACGUGCUGUUAUCUCGUUCGGGGCCCUGCAACAGGUCUAUGAGUACAGUGAGGAUCCGUUUUUUACAAGCCCACUGGCUCAGUUCGCUAUGCGGGAGUAUGGCCGGGCACUACGGUUGGAUAAUCAGUUAGUUGCGCUCUUGGGUACGUCGUUGUCUCAGACGUUGAAGCGGGAUGGCGAGCGAGGUUCGUGCAUCUUGUCGAGGAUUGAUAUCGGAUCUAAUGGUGGCGACGUGGAGCGUUCCUUGGAUGGUGUGUUGAAUUCUAUUUUCCAUGAUCGGCUGAAUAUGGCACUCAUUAUGGAGAAUCGUCCGGGCUCUGUCCUUCCACUUGAUCACGGACGCACAUUGAGGUAUUUGAAGGAGUGGCAUGGUAGGUUUGUGAAAACUAUGCCCUCGCCAGGACUAUCUGGUCAAAUUGAAACGUCAUAUAUAUACGAUCAGCAUCCGGACCUUAUGCAGAUUUGGUAUAUCAUUGGGAAGAUGUAUGUUGCAGUCAUGCCAGAUAGUUCAGAGUUUGUUUGGGAUCAGUUUCGGACGGAAUUCAACACGAUUGUUUCACUUGCGGAGAGCCAUUUAUCACACAUGAGGCAAUUUUCACAAAAGCGAACAUUUUCUUUUGAUCUCGGCAUUGUCUCGCCGUUGUACAUUGUGGGGGUACGGUGUCGGGAUAUGGAAAUUCGUCGUCGGGCGAUCGGGCUACUAGAAACCUGCAAGCGACGGGAGAUACUGUGGGAUUCUACGAUUACUGCAAUGACUGCUAGGCGGGUUAUGGAGUUUGAGGAGUCUUCGGGCAAUGGGCCGGGGAUGUCGAGACGGAGAGUUAGAACAGUGACCGCUGUUUUGGAUGAUGAUAAUGGGGUCAGUGUGGAGUUUGGCUGA